CGCUCCUGAUUGCCCUCGCCUAGCAACAGUGGAGGACCUUGGGGCCGGCAUGGACAAAGCAGGUGUCUGGCGUGAACUCCAAGGUGUUGUAUACCUCUGACGACGGCGACUUUAUGCACCUUUACUCGACAAACGUAUUAUCUGCGCUCAUCGGCAUAUUUAAUGACCCAGCUGUUGCUCCGACAGUCCCACAGUCUCUACCGGUCCAGAUCACUGCCAUUGCUUGCAAGGCCCUCGAUACCCUUCGUGAUCGCGUUAUGGCACUGCUACUCUCAGCAACAAGUCUGGAAGAGGUGGGCAAGUCUAACGAUUUGAUUGUAUAUAAAUAAGCAGGCCUAGAGAGCGCCUCCAGCCAUUCUACAGGUACACCCAUUACGAGACCCAACCACCUUGGAAG